CCAAGACUCAGUGGCGGCUGCUAAUGCUGCUGAGAGGGAAAGAAAGAGUGAAGAGAGGGGGGAAAGGAGAAAGAGAUAAAGAAAGGGAGACGCUUCUUGGCGCGACACUGGCUCGUAAAACAUAAAAGGGAAACAAACGUCCUGGUCUCAAGCGUCCAAACAGCGAGCUGUUGUGAUAUAGCAGAUUAGCUCGCUCGUUAGCAUUUUUAACAUUACUUACCACAAACCCAAUCUCAUCUCCAGAUACUGAUCUCUAACUUUUUACUUUAAAGCGUGUUAGAGUACAGUAGUCUCUUCAAGAGCGGUGUUAUAAAAUCUACACAAUGGGGAGAAAAUCUAACAGAGCAAAAGAGAAAAAGCAGAGAAGGCUUGAAGAAAGGGCAGCAAUGGAUGCAGUGUGUGCCAAGGUGGAUGCAGCUAAUAAGCUAGAAGAUCCACUGUCUGCCUUUCCAGUGUUCAAAAAAUAUGACAGAAAUGGGUUAAACCUGGAGAUUGAGUGUAGACGGGUAACUGCAAUGAGUCCAGACACAGCGGAAUGGGCCUAUGAUUUGACUAGAGCCAACAUGCAGACACUAUAUGAACAGAGUGAGUGGGGAUGGAAGGAGAGAGAGAAGAAAGAGGAGAUGAAGGAUGAGAGGGCGUGGUAUCUCCUUGCUCGUGAAGCUGACUCUACACCUGUAGCUUUUUCACACUUUCGAUUUGAUGUAGAGUGUGGAGAUGAGGUUUUAUAUUGUUAUGAAGUCCAACUGGAGAAUAAAGUCAGACGGAAAGGCCUGGGAAAAUUCCUCAUCCAAAUCCUUCAGCUUAUUGCCAACAGCACACAAAUGAAAAAGGUCAUGCUGACAGUAUUUAAACACAAUCAUGGGGCUUACCAGUUCUUCAGGGAGGCUUUACAGUUUGAGAUUGAUGAAACUUCACCCAGCAUGUCGGGUUGCUGUGGAGAUGACUGCUCCUAUGAGAUUCUGUGCCGAAGAACAAAAUAUGGUGACGUCUCGGCGCACGCGCAUGGUGGCGGCCACUGUGGAGGCUGCUGCCAUUAAGAGCAGGCCUUCCAGUAUGGUUUCAAAGCUUCCUCAUCCUAAAUUCCUACCCUUCUCCAUCGCCUAUGAACCCCUAAAACACACACUCCUGUCCAUCAUAAUCAACAAAGGCCCCUCUCAAUGCUUGCUCUUUGUUUUAACUUAAAAAAAAAAAAACACUCUUCAUGAUUUUACAAAGUGAUAGUAGUCCAUUCUCAGUCUCUAAAGUUUGUAUCCCAGAAAAGGCUGUAAAAGCCACUGUGAGCCAAAUGUGACUUCUCUCACCUCAGGUAUCAGCAUGGUGACGCCGUAUGUCUGUAUUUAACCAUAUCCAAAAAAGGCAGAGUCCCCCCCUCCUCCUUGGCUGUUUUAUUAUCAUAGUGGAUGAAUGCAAGUGUGGUUCACAGUGGGUAUUGCAGCCAUUUCAUCCUACACCUCUUCAGGGUAAAUGUAUUUUCACAAAAGCUAAAGUUUGAUAAACUAUCUUCUGACAUCAAAGAAUAUGAAUACAAUGAUCUGCAAUGUUUAUAAUUUGAAACCACUGAACCUAGUCUGCCUCAGGUCAUUGAAUUUAAUCUAACAAAUGUUUUAUAACAGCUCUAUUAGGGAAUUGAUGGAUGAGGUAUAUGUUUAUGUUGGAUUUGAUACAGGGGGUUGGUAUGUUUGUUUUGGUGGACCCAUAGUAACAUACUUUAAUUUUACUUUAGUUUUUUAAUCAUAACGUUCUUUUAUCAUGUUACUGUAUAUGUCAUUUUUCUUCACUGUAUAUAAUCUGUUUACAUUUUAUUUGCCUUCACAAAGUCAUUGGGAAAAGUGUAAAAGCUUUUAAAUUGACAAGUUUGAGAGAUGAGUGUUCCUGUCUUGUGCUCUCUUGUUGAACAGAAACAAAAGGUCAUUCCAGCUUUGUCUUGUUAACUUUGUAUGCAACAAAUAAAGGAAUCUUGU